AAGGAAUCUACCCUCCUGCCUCCGGCCAAGGCUCCCCGCAGGAGCCGGCUUCCUCCCAAAUCCUCGCUUCCUCCCAGGCUCCAGGCUCAGCACUGGCGCCGGCGGCUGCGCGGUGCGGCUGCGCGCGCCCCGUUGCCUUGGGAACCACACAGCCGCCCCGGUGAGAGGUCCGGAAACCGGGCCAUGGAGCUGCCGGAACCGGUCCGCCUGCGGCUGGGGAACUUCAGCCGGACCGUGUUCAGGGACUCAAACCGGACCGACCCCGAGUACAGCGAAGGCCCGGAUAACGAAGUGGUUUCCAGUUUAGCAUUGCAGAUGUCACUUUAUUUUAAUGCUUACUUUUUCCCACUUUGGUGGGUGAGCAGCAUCAUGAUGCUUCAAAUGAAAUAUCCAAUUCUGCCUGAUUACUACAAAUUCAUUGUGGUCACCGUUCUCAUCCUCGUAACCUUAAUCGAAGCUAUCAGGCUGUAUCUGGGCUACAUGGGUAACCUUCAGGAGAAGGUUCCUGAGUUAGCCGGCUUCUGGCUUUUGAGCCUUCUAUUGCAGUUGCCUUUAAUUCUCUUCUUGCUCUUUAAUGAAGGCCUAACAAAUCUGCCCUUGGAAAAAGCGGUGCACAUUGUCUUCACUACGUUCCUUACUUUCCAAGUCGUGUCUGCGUUUCUGACCUUGAGGAAAAUGGUAAACCAGCUGGCCACUCGUUUCCACCUCCAAGACUUCGACCGGCUCUCCGCGAACAGAGGCGGCGUGAGGACCAUGAGAACCUGUCUGGAAGAGAUUUGACCCAGUGCUGUCCGUGAGGACGGAAAGCUCAUUCCAGAAGACUCUGAGGUUAGGGACACGUCAGAGACGUAGCAGGAGAAAAAGGACGAAGCAAGUGUUUGGACCUGUAACGUCUCAAGCUCCAAAAGUCCAAGUGGUAACCGGGAACAUGAGCCGAGGUGUUUUCCCCGUCGUGUCUCCCGACGCCCAAGCAUGAGGUGCUCGGGCCAGAAGAUUAGCAAAAGUGUGGAAAGUGUAUUACAGGCAGCUUCAGACUCCCCGCGCGGAGAGGGGAACCGAUAGUGGGCUGCCCGUCAGAGCCUGUAGCCCCGGGGUAUAUGUUUGCUACAAGCCUGCUCCGUGUCUACCUGUGUCGUCCCCUGAUGGAUUCCCUCUGUUGUUUUUGCCCAGCAAGGGGCCUGCUCCUGUGUGUUCUUUCUCUGUCCCCAUGCUGGACUUGCUCUGUUUCUAUACGUUCGCACACCUUGUGACUGCAGGCCCUCCCUUGUUUUCCCAUGCCUCCUGCUUUGAGUCCAGAAACAUUUUAUUAUCUCUACUUGGUUGGUUGGUGUAGGCUGGCUCAAACUGCCAUGUCUGCCCCUGCCUAUGCCCCACUGGACCCUGCCUAUCUGCCUGCGUUUCAGGUUAACCCUCUCACAAGGUUGAGGGCAGUGAUAGACUCUACAGUAUGAAUGCAAGUCAACCCUACAUCCUAGAUGAUGUCCACCUGAUGCCAAAUGUCUUCAUUUUUUUGUUUUUGUUGGCUUUCUCAGGUUUGCAGAUUUCCGUGUUGGCGGUCACAGUUUACCAGCUUUACUAUAAUAUUUCUAGUUAGUAAUGUGUAUAUUUCUUUUAAAUUUGUUUUUUUUUUUAAUCUUUAUUGUUGAGAGUAUUACACAUGUCCCCUUCUUUAUCCCCCAUUGCCUCCCUAAACCAAGUUUCCGCAUCGUCCCUGGCCUUCACCACCCUAUUAUGUGUGCACAUAGGUAAUGUAUACAUGCAUAUAAGAUCUAUGGUUGGUCUCUUCCCACCACCCCCUUCCCUCUGAGAUGCCUCAGCUGUCCAUAUCUUGGCAGUUCAUCUGGAGCACGUGGAAAUCCUUAUCAAUAUUCUGGUGUGUUAGACUAUAUUUAUAAACAAAGACACCACAUUUUCAUGCUGCUAGGGUUAAAUUAUAACUUAGCCUCAGCUGUUAUCCUGAGGUUAAGAAGAAAACAAGUAGAUUAUCAUGGCAUUUAGGAAAUAUUUUUAUAAUAAAAUUGUAACUUUCAUAAAACCAUGUUCAGUAUUUAUGGUGGUUGUGGUGGUGUGCUAAAUGUCUUUACAAUACAUUAUAAAAUAUUUAU